AUGCUUCUGGCCACCCUCCCUUCGACUGAUGCACACUUCAAGGGGUUCCGCAUCUUGGACGUUGCCUACAAAGUUGUGGACGGUCAUCCCGUGCAGACGUCGGUGCUGGUGCCAGCGAGCGCUUGCAAGGGUCCCCGGCCGAUCAUUGUCCGGUUCCACGGAGGCGGUUUGGUUACUGGCACGCGUCUCUAUGCUCCCUGGUUUCCGCAGUACCUCCUGACAUACGCCAUCGCCCAUUCAGCCAUCAUAAUCUCCCCUGACUAUCGCCUGCUGCCAGAAGCAUGUGGUUUGGAUAUCCUCGCAGACAUCUCAUCCCUCUGGUCAUGGCUGUUCAAUUGCCUCCACAACUACGUGCUGUCACGAGACCCGCUCAAUACGCCCUACGGCGUAGACCUCACUAAAGUCAUGGUCACCGGCGAGAGCGCGGGGGGCUGGCUGGCCAUCCAAUCCGCACUCAUGCAUCCCAGCCGCAUCAAAGCCGUCCUGGGCAUCUUUCCCAUGCUCGACCUCGGCGACGAGCACUUCACCCGCGGCGGCCGCAACAACACCACCACCAGCUGUUCCAAAGCGCCCCUUCAUCCUCCUCAACCCACCCAGCCCCAGCCCCACCCCUCCGCCGCAGCCGUGGCCGCACCCUCCCCCCGCGCCCCAACACCCAACAUCGCCGGCCACACCACCCUCCUCUCCCCGCACAUCAUCGACGAGCACGUCCGCGCCGCGCGCUCGCACCGCCGCGCCGCCGCCGCCGUCAUCAGCAGCGUCACGCCGCCCGCGCGCGCCGACCUCUCCCUCGCCCUCUUCCAGCACGGGCGGCUGGGCGAGCUGCUCGGCGACGAGCGCGAGCUGUAUCCGCUGGAAGUGCUCGAGGACAUCAUCACGACGACGACGACGACGACGACGACGACGACGACGACGAUGACGCACGCGUGGGGGCGGGGAUCGUGCGGCGGUCCUGCUGCUUCUGCUAAUACUGCUACCGCUGCUACUGCUACUGCUACUGCUACUGCUACUGCUACUGCUCCCACGGUAGGCGCCGCAAUGGCAACGGUGACGGCGGCGACGGCGGUGGCAGCACGUCUCCCGCCGCUAUGCAUCAUCCACGGCACGGACGACACGGUGGUGCCGGUGCAGGGGAGCAAGCGGUUCGUGCGGGCGUGGGAGAAGGCGGCGACGGCGACGGCGAUGGCGACAUCGACAUCGACGGCGACGACAACGACAACGACAACGACAACGUGGCAGUGCGGUGACGACGUCGUCCACCGGGGGGUGGGGAUGAUCGGGUGCGGUGGCGGUGGUGCAGAUGAUCGCGACGUGAUGGGUGGCUCCGUCAAGUUGGUGCUGCGGCCGGGCGAGCACGGGUUCGAGGCCAAGGCGAGCGCGGACGAGGAUGGCUGGCUGAGGGACGCGCUGGGGUGGGUGGCGGACAGGUGGUUGAGUUAG